AAGUUCUACAGAACAAUAAAAAUAAAAAGGAAGGCGAAACAAACAGUCCUUUACCUACAGGCAACAAUUCUCUUGUUAUUUCCUUCUUCCAUCUUCUUCGCAUUAUUAGCAUUCACACUACCUGAUUCGCCACCCUAAACCACCAGAGAGAAAUGGGAAUUGCAGGAGUGCUAAGGAACAUUGUUCGCCCUCUAUCACUUGCAUCAUCAAGAACCUUGACCUCUCGAAUGUGCAACAAUGCUUCGAUGGCCUUGUUUUGUCCUGUUUCGCCAUCUCCCUGCAAACCUCCCCAGUGGACUCUUCCCCUUUUGAAUCACUUCCAUAGCUUGACAGACACUCGCUUCCCAAAGAGACGACCCUCUGAUAAACCUCGUCGAAAGAGGGCCAGCCUGAGACCGUCUGGGCCUUACGCUUGGGUUCAACAUACACCUGGCGAACCCAUACUUCCAAAUAAGCCCAAUGAGGGGAGUGUCAAAAGGAGAAAUGAGAAGAAACGCAUAAGGCUGCGCCGUGCUUUUAUAUUGGCGGAGAGGAAGAAAAGGAAAGCUCAGCUGCAAGAGGCUAAUAGGAAGAAAAAUAUUCAGAGGGUAGAACGUAAAAUGGCUGCAGUUGCAAGGGAAAGGGAGUGGGCAGAAAGACUGGCUGAGUUGCAGCGACUUGAGGCACAGAAGACAAUCUAAUGGAAUUUGUUAGGACCUAUCUGCAUUUGGUAACACUGGUUGUGCACUCUAUACACUAUUUCUAUAUUUUCAUUAUGUUCAGAAACAUGAAAGUCUGAAUCCCCACAUUUUGUUGUUGAAAGUGAGGCUGACAUUUUUUUCUUGAAACAAAGAUGAGAAAAAUAAAAGAAACCUGGUGUGGGUAGAUCAGUGUGCACAUGCUAAUAAAUUUAGAGUCUACAACAUUAGGGUGGAAAUAUCUGUUGGGAAGAAUAAUGAGAAGGAGCGAGGAAAGUAGAACUGGAUUUGGUGUGAUGAAGGGCAUCCAAAGGAAGGUGGAUGGAAGGGGAGGGCUUAUCCAGAAUGUAUUAUCCAUUUUGGCAUAUACCUGGACCAAGUCUCUCCUCGUGAUUUCAUUUAGGUCUGCUCAGACCAACCACCAUAAAAGAUUGAAAGGAAUACAAAGAGAGAUUCAGAGCGAAUAUUCAAAGGAAAGGAAUAGAAAUAGAAACAGAUUUUGAGUUCCAAGGUUGAAAUUAUUUAGAUGAAGGGAAAGAAAGUAGAAAAUAAAAAUUUAAAAAGUAACAAAAAAAAUUCAUACAUGCAUUUAAUAUCUGUAUGAAACUAAAUUCCAUCGGUCUCUUACACUGUAGCAGCUUUACAUUUUCCAAAUUGGAAUAGAAAUCUUUGAAGGAUAAUCAA